AUGUCAACUCGAUUUGGCCAUCCGGGGCGUUCGACAUUCGUCGCCCGCGCGACCGGGUUCGGGAUGUUACGCGGCGCGCUGGUCACGGCGCUCGUCGCGAGUUCCCUCGCGCGCGGCGGCGACGCGAUCGGCGCCGACGAUCGCGCUCGCGCCGGAGGGUCGCGCCCGAACGUCGACGCCGUCGUCGUCGAUGCCCCCGCCCUAAAAAACGUCCUCCGAGACGUCUCGGAGGAAUAUUCCGGGGUAUCGUCCAACGCGGCGUCGCGCCGGCUGCUGGCCAGAUCCGCCGCGCCCGAUCGCGACAACGGAUCGUGCGAUGUCCACGCGCCGUCGCGGUUCGCCGACCCGGCCGCGCGCGCGCCGCUCUGGGGCGGCGGCGCGGCCCAACCCACGCAUCCGUCGGUCGUCAGAUUCAUGAACGCGCAGGGCUGGCGGGAUCCGCAGCUCGUCGUGCCGAGACCCGGCGACGCCGCGCAGACCUCGAACGACGACGACGACGACGACGACGACGACGACUGGAUCGCGCACGCGCACGACAUGCUCGCCACCACCCAGUUCUUCGUCACCACCUCGACGAUAACCGAACGCGUCGCGGACGACCUGCGUCGGUACGUCUUUCGCCUCGCGUCGCGCCACGACGAGUACGCCUCAGACGUAGGCUGCGUCGGUAACCUCGCCAACUGCAAAGAACGCUUCGACAUGCCACUGCGUCUGUCCCACCCGGUGGUGGCCGCGAUGAACCAGUACGUCCGCACGAUGAGGCCCGUGAUCGAACGCGAGCUGGGCCCGAACGCGGAGCUCUGCGAGCUAUCCGCGCUCAUGACCUGCGCCGGGUCUCCGGACCAAUCCGUGCACGCCGACGGCCGCGGCUUGGGCAAAAAUGACCGACUCUUGUCCUCGUUCACGGUCCUGCAGGACACCACGUCGGCGCACGGACCGACCGAGGUGUUCUUCCCGUCCGAACUGACGUCGGCGCACGCGACGAGCGCGGGGAAGGCGCUGGUCGCAGCGACGGCUGGCGAGUACGGGUCUCGGUUUGAAAAGAUUGCGACGGCGUCGCCGGCGUUGCGGCGACUGGCGAAGCGGCUGCGUGCGAAGUUUGGCGUUACUAAAAACGGUUCGACGAGGGCGCGAAAAGGCGGCGAAAGGAUGGACGACGCGGAGGACCCGGUGGAGCAGUUGCGGGACUUACUGGUUCGCGAGCACGUGUACAGGAGCAAGAAGACGAACAUGCUCUACUUUCGCGUUCCGUGGGAACCGGAGAUAGAUAAUACGGAUGGGAAAUUCGACGGCGUUCACGGGUCGAAGCUCCGCGGCGGCGCGAACAAAGCCGGCGGCGGGUCCAAGGGCCGACGGUACAACAUCGGCAUCACCGCGUCCCUGCGACAGGGCUCCACGCUUGUGUACGACUCCAGGGCGCUGCACCGCGGCAGCGCGAACAGAGCCGGAUCGCGUAUUUUGUUUUUGAUGUCGUUUCAAAACCCGGGCGCGGCGGUGGACGGCCCGACGUACACGAUGGACCCGCGGUACCAGCGCACGGAGACGUGGACGGCCGACGCGGAUGCUGACGCGGAUGCUGACGCGGACGCGGAAACAGGCGUUUCUGCUGACGUGUCACGUCCCGAUAGGUCCGACGGACCCGAUCCGGAUGACGACUGGAACGCGGAGGACGACGACCCGGACGAACCGGAAGGCAUCGACGGGGACCUCGCCGCGCUACGCGCCGAAUACGGCGCCAAGGGGAACGAGGUGGCCAUCGCGGAGCUGGCGAGGCGACGGUCCAAGGCUGUGACGGACGAACGGAAACGGGCGAGGAGGACGAGCGCGUUUACGCGGACGCGGGGCGUGAUCACUCUGGCGGAUUUCCCAAUCGAGCCGGACGUGGACGACGACGACUUUUCGUGGGUCAAGUCGUCCCGCGCUGACGUGGCGAGCUUCCAGGAGGGGAAGCAGGAGUCGGAGAUGGCGGAGAAGGUGCGACGCGCUGGGAUGGACUGGGGCGAGUAUCGGCGGUGGCGCAAAAGGGUGCACGCGGCGCUCGAAGCCGGUCACGUGGACGCGGCGUUACACGCGUGGCCCGGCGCUCGAGGCACCAAAGGUACUGAUAAAGGGACUAAUGAAGGGACCAAUAAAGGGUCCCGUCAAGGCGGGGCGGAGCGGACGGAACGGUGGGACGACGACCUCGGCUUCGUCCCGACGACCGCGAACGACCACAGGCAGCCGCUUCUCGACACGGACGACGGUCCGGGCAGUUACCGGCAACAACACGCCACGUACGCGUCGAGGCUCGUCGACGUGUAAUGA